UGGCAAUUACCAUGAUGCGCGCACUCAAAUCCACGUUCGUUCAAGCUAUGUUGUCGCCUUUGCCGGAGAACUCAACCUUGGAGUUGAUUCGCCGACGGUUGGGCUGUGAAGGAUGGGGUUGUUGGUGCGCGAGGCGAGGCAUUCAUGGUAUUCCAACAGAGGCUGGUGACCUGCCUACAUCCAUGGGCGAUGCUAGCGCGCAAGGAAGCGCGCGGAUAAUAUGUGAUGUGAUGAGGCGAUAUAAGGGUGAAGCGUAGUUCGUGAUGGCUCGUGUGCAAUCAUGCGUCCUCAGUGUUUGAAUGGGGGACGAUCGCGCAUUGAACUGGCCAACGCGCUAUACAAUUGCCUUUCUUCAGGGCGGCCUUAUUAUACAAGCGUUAGGACCGUAUACGUGCCGUCACUUCCUCUGCCUCCCUCCUUCGGUUCCUCGUUGGGUCUUUCUCCGCUCGCUUUUGACGAUAAUAUUGGGAGCAUGAGACGGGUUGCAGGACGUGCCGUGCGGAAAUAUAAGCCCGCCUCUUUGGGAAUCUUCAUUCACGAUAAUCGAAUGCCGUAUAAACUUUGGGUUCACCCUAAACUCGAAGACCGGGAUGAAGUAUUAAAUGUCAUCCGGACAAAUGGCGGAAUAGUUCUUCCAGAGGACAAGCUCGCGCCUGCCACUUAUGCAGUUAUCAGCGACAACUUGUCAUCUGAGGACCUAGCGCCAUGGAUUUUCCAUUGUGCCAUUUCCGGAAAGAUUCUCAACGAUCGUCCAUACAUCCUCAUAUCGCGAAGGUCAUCUCCGAAUUUCGAUGUCGAAGACAGUUCGAUUCCGCAUGAUGCGAAUGAAUCAACCCCUAGGCCGGAGGUGGGGUUGGGAAGGGAUGCAUCACUUUGGUGGUAUGACAGAUAUUUUGGACAGGGAAGCUCGAAUGCUGAAUCAUUCGGGCAACCCGUCCUGGCUGAGCUUUAUCAAGAGGAUGGUGUAAUCCAUCCUUUUGAUGCUCGUGUUCGAUCGCGCUGCAGUGAUAGCGCUGGCGACGACAGUGCUGUAUCUCAUAGCUUGAUGGAAUCAGCAAUUUUUCAGUCAAGCCUCACCCGAGGGGGUGAACCGCACACUGUCAGCUCGCCUCCCUCCGAAUCAUACUCUCGAACAAUUAACUCCAGCGUCACAUCGCCGCGAACACCUCCUCAUUCCCUUCCCUUUAGAUGGAUUACUCGAAAGAAUGGAUCUAGAGUCCGGAAGUAUAAAGCUUCUAGGCGGAAUAGACGGGGAAAUCUUCGUCACCGUAACACGAACUUUCACGCUCAAGACCCAUCCUGGCUCUGUACACCCGCGCAAGAUGGGAGUAGACGCUACUAGUGCGACCGAAGCUGCACCUCGAACUCCAAAAACCCACUAUUUGGACCCUCAUUCUCCCGCGCAAUUUUUUAAAUCUGGCCCGCCAGUCCUACGGUUUCCCCACAUUCUCACCGCUCCUAAACCUCUGGACUCAAGUUUCUUUCCCAUCAUUUAUUUAUUCGGAAUUACCGUCACAUUGAAUUAGUGGAUCGGUCAAGGGAACGCUUGUU